AUGAUUGUGCUCUUCGCUUGUAUACGUUGUUUAAAAAUACAGCCUGAAAUGCAAAUUAUUCAAAGAAGUCAAGAUCUAACAUUGUGGUUUAUACUAUCUGGAUUUGAAAAAACACAAAAUGUUCUCUGUUCGAUGUGUGGUUUUUUCUGUAAUGUAUUCAUCGAAGCCUUAUACAAACAUCGAAAUGAAUUCUAUUCACAUCCAUACACAUUAUGGUCGGAUAGUAAUGCAAUUAAUAGAGAUCAUGGUGUGGAAUUCAGUAAUGUCACUAACAGUACUCCAUUAACUUUAUAUCUCAGCCUCAAUCCAUUACGAGAUUUUGGUAGAGAAGAUAUCAAACGUUAUUAUGAUUCGGUUGAUAUGCAUUUAAAAGAAAAAAAUACACCACUAAUAGAUUUUCAUGAAGUUUAUCUUCGUAUGACAUACUCUGAUGCCAAUAACAAAAAAGAAGAAGUUUGUCCAAAUGCAAUUAUAGUUGACAAUGAAAUCGGACAACAUGUAACACUUGAGAACAAUGAUGUGUCUCAAAGCAAUGAUGUAUCUGAGAACAAUGAUAACAAUAAUGAAACGUUAUUUAAUUUGAGUCAUUUAACAGGAAUCAUUUUUGCGAGCAUAAAAAAUCCAAAUAUACCUUUUAGUUUUGAUGGAAAAAUUAGCAAUAAUAUAACCGAUAUCAAAACAAGAACAUCGCCAAUAAUUGUUGAUAAUCGAGAGGAAGGCAUUAUAAAUAAUGCAGUAUCAAUAAUACGGCUUUCUAGAAAAAGAGAUUAUAAACCAACGUUCGAAUUACGACAAAAACAUAUUGAAUUUUUACCAUUUCCAUUAGGCACUAAUUGUAUGGUGGUUAACGAGAAUACUCGAAAGGGACGUAACAUUCAGUUAAAUCUUAAUCCACACGAUAAUAAUACAUUUUGCCAACGACAUGUCAGACUAUAUAUAGCAGCUGAAAUAAAUGGACGUUUAAUUUGUGAAAACAUAUCCUCUCCGAUUAGAGAUAGUAGUGCGUAUAUACCUUCAUUAAAAAAAAUAACACUAAUCGGUUUCUUGUAUUUAGAAAAUUUUCGUUUUCCACAAAUGAUAUUAUUACCAGAUACUAACGAAUUAAUUGCUGGACAAAAUGCUUAUAUAUGUACAAAACAUCAAUUAAAAAAAGCAAAUUUUUGGGGAACACAAAAUGCUCAUUAUGUUGUAGAAAUUUUGUUUAAAAAAACUACAAAUCGAAACAAUAUUCCUAUUUUCAACAAUAAUGAUCAACAAUGUGCACCUGCCGUUUUAGAUGACACUUUUCAAAAUCUUUUACGAUUUAUUGUACCAUCAUCACCAAAUCAUGAUAGUCAGCGGAUUGUUUCUGUUUGUUUGAGACUUUCUGGAUCAAAUGAUUAUAAUCCAAGCAAACCAAUUCAAAUUGGCAAGCAGCGCAUAUACAAGUGUGAACAUUCGAAUAUUAAUCGAACAGCACACCAAUUAAACUUACAAAAUACAACAACUAAUGCUACAUUCGCAUCUCAGUCAGUUCUUUCCAACUAUGAACAGAAUUUAUUGUCACAGAGUAGUUUCUAUACUCAACCAAAUUCCCAAGAGAUACCCAUAAAUUGCACAAAUGAUACGCACGAAGUGGUGAAUAUUAUUAAUCAGAGUCCUGUAAGAGCAUCAACAACGACACAGUCAAAACAAAAUCGUUCCAACAAACGUCGAAUUAUUGCAAAGAGAAAAACAACGCAACAUCAACAUACGACCACAGAUCAAACAACUACCUUUAUGCCAAUCAAUAAUGCUCCUUGGCAAUCUCAACCAACGCUGACUAUUGAUUAUGAUGCUUCUUAUCGUACUUGCCAACAAACAGCAUUGUUCGAUUGGAAUAACACUAAUCGUAUGCGUGAAAAAGAUGAAUUUUAA